CGAGCCUAGCUAGCUUGCCCUGUUCGUCAACAUGGAGCAUGUACAACACGCGCCCGCGACACCACACUACCUACAUUGCGCCAUUAGGCGUCCAAUCUGAGCCAAUCUGACCAUAGUGCCGGUCCAUCGUGUUGCCAAGAAGCAAGCGUCAGGAAGCCACAGUUCGUUGCAUCGCCAACUCCAUGCCCGUGGUUGUGCGCCGAGCAUUGGUGAAUCUAGUGGGGGCCUGCAUGUCUCCUCCUCCUCCAUCUUCUUCGACAGCCCAUACACGAGUGCAUUUAAAGGUCCCCCUUCCCAUGCCUCUCCUCCUUCUCUUCAACUUGGAAUCCCAUCUCACAUCAACAUCUCAACUCUCUUGACACACACCUACUUCACCACUCAGCCAACUCAACAAUCAACAAACCUGCAAAAUGGGCUCCUCCAUGUCGAGACAUCACCACAAGCGCGGCGAGUUCCUCUUCACCAGACCCAAGUCGCCCCGCCACCGCUCGCCUACCCCCUACCCCCACGACAGGCGCUCGCUCAACGACGACAACGGUAGCAUUCACAUCCUGACCAAGGUGUCGUCCAUGGCAAAGCCUACCCAGGCAUCCAUCAAGAUCGUCGAAAGACCCCAGGCUCGUCAACAUAUCAGCUUCCAAGACAAACCCGCUGUCAUCAGCUUCGAGCAAAACCGGAUUCUGUUCAGCAAACACAACAACGCACCAGCCAAGACCGAGCUGCACUUGCUCGGCACUGGAAAACGCAUGGAACCUGCUUGA